CCUGGCCCCGCCCCGCGAGGAACUUCCCGCUGGCAGCGGCGGACGGUGGCUGCGAGGGUCCGGUUUGCGCUCUCCCAUGGCGGAGCGGGAGGAUGUCGCUGGUGCUGGGGCUGCUGUCGCACACGCUGAACAGGGUGCUGAGGUACUCCGGGCUGCGUAGGGGCUGCCAUGCCCCCCGACACCAGGCCAUGGAGCACGACAAGGCGCUCGAGGUUUACGAUAUAAUUCGUACUAUCCGGGACCCGGAGAAACCUAAUACUUUAGAAGAACUGGAAGUGGUAACGGAAAGCUGUGUUGAAGUACAUGAGAUAGGUGACGAUGAAUAUCUGGUUAUCAUCAGGUUUACACCAACAGUACCUCAUUGUUCUUUGGCUACUCUCAUUGGCCUCUGUUUAAGAAUAAAACUUCAGAGAUGUUUGCCUUUUAGACAUAAGCUGGAAAUCUACAUAUCUGAAGGUACACAUUCCACUGAAGAAGACAUCAACAAGCAAAUCAAUGACAAAGAGAGAGUAGCAGCUGCGAUGGAGAAUCCAAACUUGCGUGAAAUUGUGGAGCAGUGUGUUGCAGAGCCUGACUAGUAGCUGUAAUACCCACAGAGUUAUCAUUUUGAUACAUUUCUUAAAAUAUCUUUGUUUAAAAAAAAAAAAGGAAAAUAAUAAUAAUCAAGGCCUUGAGUUUAAUACUUGAGUUCUUUUUAUCUGCCACAUUUUUUAAAAGAAAUUGUUUAUAAGAUAGAUUUAAAUUAUGACGAAUUAGUCUCUAAAAUAAAGUGAAGUGUAUAGUGUUAAGAGUUUGUAAUUUCUGGUGUCCAGAGAAAUAUUUUAUGAUUAAAAACAAAACAACGUAUAUGUAUUGCCUUCUGAUAGACAUUGUGCUAUAAAUUCAGUUUUGCAAGUUAAAUUUCUACAUUGUUUCAAUCACUGCACUGUAAAAAUAAAACAGAUUCUUGUACUGAAAUGAUGCUUUCUGAGGUCAGACAUCUUUUAAUUUUUUUUUUCCUUUAAGCUUAGGUUUAGAUUUCUGUUAGAGAAGGAAACAUUUCAUGCAACUUCUUCGUUGUUGGUAACACAUUAAAGCUGAAAUGAAUUCAGAAAAAGAAUUCAGAACCAAGGGACUGGAGUGGAGUUUUAACUGGGACGCUAUUCCUGAUAAAUACUUGCUUCUUUUUCUCUGUAAGUACAUGUUUCUGAUUCUGCAGGCUUUGCUUUAUAAUUAUCCCAGGGAUAAAGUUUUCCUAUGGCCAAUAUCUUGCCAGUUUGAUCCUGGUUUUUUGUAUGACUCACCUGCAGCGUGGAAGGUGAGAGAAUCGCACCGCCCUUCAUCCCUGCGGUUCCCUCUGUCCUCUUUCUUUUGCUGCUCCCUCGCUAAUCUUAUCUGGGAUGUCCGUAAGGUUGCCAGCUGUCCUAUGUUUUCUCACUGGAGAAGUUCCCUCGGAUUACUUUCCCUUGCAGCUGUGGAUUUGACCAUGGAUUUACCUUUUCCUGAAGAAUUUUUUGCUCUGCUGUCCUCCCAGGGGCAGGGAUGUUUUGUAUCUGCCGUGCAGCCGCAGGAGGGCCUCAGUGGUAAAUGUAUGUGCAGGGGGAGAGGUUGGUGCCGCCCAUCUCAUGCCCCAUGGCACCCACAAACUCUUUGAGUGUCCCACGGGUGUGUGAUCUGCUCAAUGCAGUAGUUAUCCCCCGCAGUGGUUCACGAGAGAUUUAAGGAGCCAUUCCUCCAUGAAAGAGUGAUGACUCCAGUGGGCUUGUGUUUGGUUAAAUGGUGAGAAAUCCUUGGAGUUCAGCGCAAACAUCUGUUGGGAUUUCAGGGAUUUGUAACCAUUUUAAUAAUAAGCCAGAUAAAGCUUUCCUGAAGGCAUGGAAUGAUUGAAUGGACUCCAGCUAGGCUGUGCAUUAUAAACAGCGGGAGGAAUUUUUCCCUCUGUAAAACAGUGUACUGACACACAUCCCAGCUGUGCCAACAAGGGCUCGUAACCUCCCUGCUUGCAGUGCCAAAGCUAUCUGAAAAAAAAAAAGGGGGGGAACAAUGCCCUUUUUCCAUAUGUUACUGCACAUCUGCAGAACUGUCAGUUCUAGUCUAUGUGUGGAAAAUUACUUUCCUAACUCUAGUUACUUGGCUUCAAUUAAAUUUUACUUAAAGUUCAAAAGCCUCUGUGCCCUCAUUGCUCACCUUGAAUUUAGCUCGAGGGAAGUAUGUAUGUCCUUAAGCAGCACUUUCUACAGAUGCUUCUGUAAAGUGUAAUUAGAUGUAAGCUUAAAUGUGGGACACUCUUAUGUGCACUACCUCAGGUAUACAGCAGAAUGUGAAGGGAAUCGGCCACUUGAUGUUUGCAUGGAAAACUAAAAACUUGGUAGUUUCCAAAAUAAAUAACCUGUGGACCAAUUUUUUAAAAAAUCCUACUUUGGGCAAACCCUAAACACUGUGCAUUUAGACUCCUGCUGGAAUGGUCUAUCACGAAGUAUACUGAAAGAUGUGUUUUGCA